AUGGAUCAACAGGGGGAAAUCGAAGGUUCUGUAUGCAGUCCUAGCUUUAGUUUUUACACUUAUGAUACUUUAACAUCCAUGGCUAUCGCCAAAAUCAUACGUGAAGAACAGGGCGGUCAAUUUCACGAAUUUAGGGAUUCCGAUGAAGACGAUUUUAGAUUCUCGUUGGAUUUAAGUGAAGAAGGAGUUUCAGCAAAAGAGAUCGAUUCACGAGGCUGGACUAUUUUUCCUCAUUUCAAUCUCGAUCUUCUCAUCAAGGAUGAAGUUAAAUCAAAGGAUAAUGAGAUUCAUGCUUCUGAUUCUAUCACCAGUUCAUUACGGAAGUUGUUCAUUGAUGAACCAAAAGAAUCUUCUUCGUGUUCAUCAUCAGAAGCCGGUGAAUUGGAAGCUCUACCUUCUGGAACAUUCUACAUGUGGAGGCCUAAGAUGGAAGGUGGAUCAUCACAUGUUAUGACUAAAAUUAAGAAGAGUAAAACCCUAAUCUGGUGGGGGUGA